AUGGUUUAUAUAUAUAUAUAUAUAUCCCUCCCUCUCUCUCUCUCUCUUUCCCGCUCUCUCUCCCCCUUUCACUCUUACCCUCCCUCUCUAUCUCUUUCUCGCUCCUAUCUCCUCUCUCUCUUCCUCCAUCUCUUCCUCCCUCUCUCUCCAUCCCUCUCUCUUCCUCUUGCUCCUACUCUCCCUAUCUUUUUCCCUCCCUCUUCUCCCUUCGUCUCUCCUUCCCUCUCUUUCCUACUCUCUCUCCCUCUUGCUUCUAUCUUCCCUUUCUCUCUCUUGCUUGCUCUCUCUCUCUCUUCAUAUCGCUCCUACCCUCUCUCUCUACCCUCUCUCUCCCUCUCGCUCCUACCCUCUCUCUCUCCUUCUUUCUCUUCCUCUCGCGCCUACUCUUUCUCCCUUCCUCCCUCUCUCUCCUCUCCAUCUCUCUCUCCUUCUUCCUCUCUCUCCUUCUCGCUCCUACCCUCUCUCUCCCUCAUUCUCUCUGUGACUUCUUAA